AUGCCAUUUGUGCCGCAAGUGUGGGUGUCGGAUGCGUUUGUUAACUCGGCGGCACUGGUGUGCGCGGUCGGCUGUAGUCUGAUGGUCAGAGGAUGGCAAGCAAAGCUGGUGCUUAUUCGGCGGAUUGGGUGGAUGAUGGCUGUGCUGUAUUUUUUGCGGUCGAUUACCAUCUCGCUGACCACACUACCACCAUCGCUGAAGGAGUGUGUGCCGGUGCUGCCCAAGGAUACACAUGACCUGCUGGCGCAUAUUCCUGGAAGCAUGUCUGGCCAGAUAUCGGCUUGCACGGACAAGAUUUUUUCUGGCCACACGGCAAUUCUAGCCAUUUCGUUUCUGUUCUGGACGCGGUACGCCCGGCACUGGGCGUUCAUUGCCUACAGCGCCAUCCACACAGUCAUAGGAAUGAUUAGUGUGCUGGCUGUGCGAUACCACUACUCGAUAGAUGUGCUUUUGGCGAUGGUGCUGGCGUUCUUCGUUCACCACGUUUACUACACGUCUCUGGACAGGGCGAUUCUGCAUCGGAUUGUAGUAUCAAACGACAGCGGUGCACAGGAUUCCGCCAGCAGCAGCAGCAGCAGCAGCACAGGCAGCAUGUCGUUGGCUUCGCAUGUUGGCCAAGAGUCAUCUGAGCAUGCGUAUAGCCGGGUGCAGGAAAAUGACGACAGCGCUGGUGAGCAAUUCGAGCAACCGCCGGCCAGCCCCGAGAAGAUGCUGCGCCGAGUAAGAUUGGCUACGCAUAUAGCCGUGACUGUGCCAGCUGCAGCUGAUGAGGAGUGUCUUGAUACUGAAUAUUACAAGCCAGGGCGCAUGGACGCAAACAGCAUACAUCUAAUGGCUGUCAAUCGUCCGAUGAGCCGGGCACUGCCACGGGUUGUCGCCUGGAUGGACGGUCUUCAGUUCCGAUGA